ACAGCCACUUCCCAACAAACACACACACAACAUGUUUUGUUUUCUAUACCCAGAAUACUACCUAAACUAGCAGCGGCUUAACAACUUCACUCAAAUACUAUCAGACAAUAUCAUAUUAUACAUAUUCUAUGAACGAAAAACCACCUCAAUCUUCAUAAUUGUAUACUUUUGGUGGGUUCUAGUCGUCUCUGCUUGGUGUAUUUCUGAGAGAGUUUUCUGUAUGAAUAAGAGUCAAUUUAUUGCCAAUCUUUUCGAAGCAUGUAAAGAUGGCAGAUCAACCGCCCAACUCCAUUCCCAAAUCAUCAAAACUGGUCGCACUUGCAACACUUUCUUUGCCACCAAACUAAACAUUUUAUACUCCAAAUACACACCUCUCCACACUGCACGCAAGUUGUUCGACGAAACGCCUCACCCAAAUGUACAUUUAUGGAACUCCAUUCUCAGGAGCUACUGUAGAGAAAAACAAUACGGGCAAACUCUACUUCUGUUUUGUCAAAUGCUGUCUGCUGAAAAACCAGACAAUCUAACUCUACCCAUUGUUGUAAGGGCGUGUGCGAGGUUGCGGGCGCUCAAAUUUGGGAAAAUGAUUCAUGGGUUUGUUAAGAAAUCUGAUAAUUUUGGUUUGGAUAUGUUCAUUGGGUCGGCAUUGGUCGAAUUGUAUUCUAAAUGUGGAUUGAUGGAUGAUGCUUUGCGAGUUUUUGAGGAAUAUUUUGUACCAGAUGUUGUUUUAUGGACUGCAAUGGUUAGCGGAUAUGAGCAGAAUGGCGAUCCUGAAAAAGCGCUUGAAUUUUUCAUCCGAAUGGUGACAGUGGAAGGUGUUAGUCCUGACCCGGUAACACUUGUUAGUGUGGUAUCAGCUUGUGCUCAAUUGUUGAAUCUAAAGGUUGGGCUUAGUGUUCAUGGGUUUAUGAUUAGGAUGGGUAUUGAUGCUGGCUUAUCUUUGGGCAACGCAUUAUUAAAUUUAUAUGCAAAAACAGGUGCUGUAAUUACUGCAUUUAGUUUGUUUAGGACAAUGAAACAAAAGGAUGUGAUUUCGUGGAGCACUAUGAUUGCUUGUUAUGCUCAUAAUGGAGCUGCUACUCAAGCAUUAGACAUUUUCGAUGAGAUGGUUGAUAAAAGAUUUGAGCCUAAUACAGUUACUGUGAUAAACGCACUACAAGCAUGUGAAGCAAGUUGUAAUUUAGAAAAGGGCAAGAAGAUUCAUGAACUGGCUGCUUUGAAAGGGUUUGAGUUCGAUGUAUCAGUUUCUACAGCCUUAAUUGAUAUGUACAUGAAGUGCUCUUCCCCUGAUGGAGCCUUUGAUCUGUUUAAAAGAAUGCCCAAGAAAGAUGUGGUUUCAUGGGUUGCUUUGUUCAGUGGAUUUGUUCAUAAUGGGAUGGCAUACAAGGCAAUGGGGGUCUUCUGCCAGAUGUUGUCCAGUGAAAUUCAACCCGACUCUAUUGCUAUGGUGAAGAUUCUAACAGCUUGUUCAGAAUUAGGAAUUCUCCAGCAAGCUUUUUGCCUUCAUGGUUUAGUGGUUAAAGGUGGCUUCAGUCAUAAUGCUUUCGUUGUGGCUUCACUCAUAGAAUUGUACUCAAAAUGUGGAAGCUUAGACAAUGCUGUUGAGGUAUUUGAAAGCGUAAAUUGUAGAGAUAUUGUCAUAUGGAGCUCAAUGAUAGCAGGCUAUGGAAUUCAUGGGUGGGGGGAGGAAGCACUGAAGUUACUUGAUCGGAUGGUAAGGAAUUCACCAGUUAGGCCUAAUGAUGUAACAUUCCUUUCAAUAUUAUCUGCUUGUAGCCAUGCUGGUUUAGUUAACGAAGGGAUAAAGUUGUUUGACAUGAUGGUGAAUGAAUACCAAUUGACACCUGAUUCAACACAUUAUGGGAUUUUGGUUGAUCUGCUAGGCCGCAGUGGAGAGUUGGAUAAAGCCAUGAGUAUUAUUGAUCAGAUGCCGGUGCAAGCUGGGGCCAAUGUUUGGGGUGCUUUGCUUGGUGCAUGUAGGAUCCAUCAGAACAUCGAUGUGGGAGAGCUCGCAGCAAGUAAUCUCUUACGUCUAGAUCCUAAUCAUGCGGGGUAUUACAUUCUGUUAUCAAAUAUUUAUGCUGUUGAUGGGAAGUGGGCUAAUGCAAAAGAUCUUCGAACUUUAAUUUAUGGGAAGAAAUUGAAGAAGAUGAUUGGGCAAAGUGUGGUUGAGGUCAGGAAUUGAAUCCCUAGCUUUGUAGCCAGCCACUGACAAAUUUCACCCUGACUCUUGACAAAUUUACAGUUUGCUGAGAAAUUGGACGUGAAAACAGAGUAGUGAAUUUCAGAGACACAAGUUGUUUGCAGCAGCCCAAACCAAAAUCAUGUGUCACAUGGAUUUUGAAAGAGGCAAUAAUCAUGCUCCUCUUUUCUUAGGUCUAGAUGAUAUACCUGCUUAAAUAAGGGGUCAAUAAAGGGAGAUGUUAAGAGAGCCGAGGAAAGCCCUUCGAACUUAUUUGUAGAGCCUUAAAUGUCCUUAUUGAAAACUAAAGUGCUAAUGAGCAGAAAAGAGAGGACCACACUUGAGUGAGGUACCAGGCUCUAUGCAUUUUGAAAACCACUUUGUCAGCCAACCACUUUGUUUGGAAAAUAUCAAAAGGUGAACAUUUUGUGGCUUCAUUGGAUGUUACACUUUUGAAAGCGAGGCAAGCUUGGAGAGGACAUCGAGUGAGGAAAGAUUAAAGAAGUCGAGCUUGGCAUCUUCUCGAGCAUAAUUAUUGUGAAAAUGACAUCCAUAGAAAUGAGUCUUGGACAAUUUAUUUAUGAAAAAUGCCGUCCUUUAAUUUUUAA